CAGAGAUUUGCGAGUGUUUCGUCCUUCUCUCUGUCAUCUCGCCGGCUACUCUCUCUCUCUCUCUCUCGCUCUCGAGUCGGCGCCAAAAAACUAGGGCAAAGUGAGUGAGGGGGAGGGGGAGGGGAUGGGGAGGAAGAAGGUGGUGAUGAAGCGGAUCGAGGACAACAGCAGCCGGCAGGUCACCUUCUCGAAGCGGCGGGGCGGGCUGAUGAAGAAGGCGCGCGAGCUCUCCGUCCUCUGCGACGUCGAGGUCGCACUCCUCGUCUUCUCCAGCCGCGGCAAGCAGUACGUGUUCUGCAGCGGCGGCAACAACAGCUUGGCUGAGAUCCUUGAGCGUUACCGGAAUCAUUCAGAAGAAGCAGAGGGCUCCAAAGAUGCUAACGAGGGAUGCCCAUCUGGAGAAUCAAGCCUGCUAUCACCCUCACAGCUGCUGCAGUUAGUUCAAAGAUACGUGGAAGGGCCAGAUGAUGACAAUGUCAGUGUGACUGAUCUUGUGCAUUUGGAAGAACAACUUGAUGCCGCUAUCGUGCAGACUCGACACAGAAAGACUCAGCUGAUGACGGAGUCUGUCAUUACUCUCCAAGAUCAGGAAAGGUUGCUGAGAGAAGAGAACGAACUACUGGAGAGGGAGAUAGCGUCCAUGACGGCGAAUGAUGAACCCUCGAAUGAGGCUGCAAUUAGACAUUUGGGGCUAGAAGACAACCAGUCCGUUGACCAAUCUCAACAAGCUACACUCAAUUUUCUCCAAUAAUUACGGAGGAGACGGCAAUGCCCAAGUUCAAGAACCACGAGGCCGGUCGCAGUUGCAGCAAGUUUCGUGCUUCGACCAAGUGAAACUCUGCCGACAACCUCGCCGAUACAAAAUGCACGAGGUUACCUGCCAUUUUGAUUUUGUAUGUUGUUGUCUAUUAAGACGCGAGAGAAUUUGCUACUCGUAAGGUCAAUUAUGAUCUGUAGAUUGUGAUCUGUGGAGUGCUGGUGACAAGUGAUUCUCUUCAUGACUGCCGUGGCCGUGGCCAUGUCGUCGAUUCUAUCCUCUCUUCUGAUCCGGAGAGGAUGUACUGUUAAUUGCUGGAUGUACCAAACCUGAUGGUGUACGUCUAAUAAAAGUAACUUUUGUGGGCUAUUAUUUCA